CGUCGGACGCAGCGCCCUUGAAGUGCAGCCGGUGGCUUAGGAGCGCACACACCAUGGCGCGCCCGCUCUCCACUACGCUGCGGCUGCCGCUGUCGCUUCUGCUGCUGCUGCUGCUGCCGGCCCCGGUGCCGUGCCAGGCGACGCCGCGCGUCGUCUGCUUCUACGAGGACUGGGCGCGCUACCGCAGCCCGCUGGCGCGCUUCCUGCCCGCCAACAUCCCGCCGCACUUGUGCACGCACAUCCACUAUGUCGGCGCCAACGUCGACGAGGAGACGCUGCACCUGGGGCCGCUGGAUGGUUUCGCCGACAUCAUCGGUGGUGGCUACCGGGACACGGUGGCACUGCGCCGUCACAACCCGCAGCUGCGCGUGCUCGUCAUGAUCGGCACCAGCUCGGAGACACAGCAGCAGGCGCUCAGCAGCGCCGCCGCCACCCCCGAGAGCCGCAAGCAGCUGGCGGCAGAGGUGGUACUCUUCCUGCGCGAGCACCAGCUGGACGGACUGGACCUGGACUGGAAGCCGCCACACGCGCCGGACACCCACGCAGCACUGCUGGAGGCGCUGCGCGCCGCCUUCGACGGCGAGCAGCUGACGGACGGCCGGCGCCGCCUCCUCCUCAGCGCCGAGCUUAGUGCCGACCCAGCUGAGCUGCGCGCAAACUUCGACAUCGCUCGCAUCACCGCCUCCGUCGACUACGCCGGCGUACUCGGCUACACCUACCACUCGACGGAGGCUGAUGAGACGUACCACCACGCGCCGCUGCGCACGCCGCCUGGCGCGCCAGCGCGGCUCGCCGGCCGCGACUUCAUGUCCACGCUCGCGGCGCUCCAGCAGAUGGGCGCCGACCCCAGCAAGCUGAACCUGGCCGUGGCCACGUUCGGGCAGACGUUCGAGUUGCGCAGCGCCGGCCGCAACGGCCUGUACGCGCCGACCGCCGGCGCCGGCGCCAAGGGGCCGCUGACGCUCAGCGCCGGCUCGCUGGCCACGUACGAGAUCUGCGACAUGACGGGCCGGCGUGGCUGGACGCCGGUCAGACCGUUCCCAGAAGCGCUCGGCCCGUUCGCCUCCAGCGGCAACCAGUGGGUAGCGUACGACGACGAGGCCAUGCUCCGCCGGAAAGGCUGGCUGGCGCGCGCGAGCGGUCUGGGCGGCGUGGCCGUGUGGACCAUCACGCAAGACGACUUCCGCGGCUUCUGCACCGGUACGCCGUUCCCCAUGAUCCGCGCGCUCAAAGCGGGCAUAUUCGGCGUGAAAGAGGCGCAGCUACCGACCACGCCAGCGCCUCCCACGACGCCAGCAUAUGACGCCACCGACAUCUUCAUCUGCCCGGGCAACGGCAAGUACGCGGCGCACAACUGCAGCCAGUUCUACUUCUGCCGCGGCGGCGAGGCCGAUCUGCUGAACUGCGAGGCCGGCGAGACCUAUGACAAUGGCCUGCGGGCGUGCCGGCCGGGCGGCCGCUGCAACCCCCCGCCGGCGCUGCAGGUGAACGGGUUCGGGCCGACCCCGACGCCGGCACCGGCGGGCCGACCCGCACCGCCGGCCCGGCCCGUAUCGGCCGCCUGGCGGCCGCGGAUUUAUGGGCGUUAUCGCUAAUUCGGCGCAUCAAAAGCUGAAGCCGAGGUGGUGGGGCAUUACGGGAACUCACGCCAGUUCGGCGACUGUGGAUGAAGGGGAAAACGAGCUGAAGAUAAGAGCUGCCGACGAUGCCCAACGGGCCACCUGGCAAAUACCUUGUCUGAACCUCGUGCUAAUAAGUAAGCAUAACGCCAUACACUUCCCAGUACCGAUAGUGCGAGCUGUGUUGUAAAAAACCUAACAUGGUCCGGUUUUACGAACUCGAAAUAAACGUGACAGGUUUGAAA